UCUACGCUUGUAACAAUGACAACUGGAACAACAGCAUCAACCAUAACUACGCCUGCCUCAACAUCUGCAGUUGAAACCACAAUGGCUCCAACUACCACUUCUACAGAAAUUAAUACCCUUGGCACCACUUCUGUAGAAAGCACAACCCUGGGCACCACUUCUGCAGAAACAUCCUCUGUAAGUUCAACAGGAAUCUUUGAAACAUCUACGCUUGUAACAAUGACAACUGGAACAACAGCAUCAACCAUAACUACGCCUGCCUCAACAUCUGCAGUUGAAACCACGAUGGCUCAAACUACUACUUUUACAGAAACUACUACCCUUGGCACCACUUCUGCAGCAAGUACCUCACUUGGAACCACUUCUGUAGAAACUACUACCCUUGGCACCACUUCUGCAGAAACUACUACCCUUGGAUCCACAUCUCUAGAAAUUACUGUACUUGGCACCACUUCUGUAGAAACUACUACCCUUGGCACCACUUCUGUAGAAACUACUACCCUUGGCACCACUUCUGUAGAAACUACUACCCUUGGCACCACUUCUGUAGAAACUACUACCCUUGGCACCACUUCUGUAGAAACUACUACCCUUGGCACCACUUCUGUAGAAACUACUACCUUUGGCACCACUUCUGUAGAAAGCACAAACCUGGGCACCAGUUCUGCAGAAACUACUACCCUUGGCACCACUUUUGCAGAAACGACUUCCUCUGUAAGUUCAACAGCAGUAUUGGAAACAUCCUCACCAGUAAUGACAACUGCUGGAACGACUUUAGCUAUAACUGCACAUGCCUUUUUAUUUGAUGAAGACUCAAUGGCUCAAACUACUGUUAGGCAGCACUAUGGCAGAAACUACAACACUUGGCACAAGUUCUGCAAAACAAAACACCACCGUUGGUCCCGAUUUUGUAGAAGGUACUUCCCUGGGUACCACUUGUGCACUGCCCUUAGUACUACAUCUGUAGAAGGUACUAACUUGGGCACUACUUCUCCAGAAACUACACUUGGAACCACUUCUGCAGUAACUACUACCCUUGGCACCACUUCUGCAGCAAGUGCCUCACUUGGGACCACUUCUGUAGAAAUUACUACCCUUGGCGCACCUUCUGUAGAAAGCACAACCCUGGGCACCAGUUCUGCAGAAACAACAUCCUCUGUAAGUUCAACAGGAAUCUUUGAAACAUCUACGCUUGUAACGAUGACAACUGGAACAACAGCAUCAACCAUAACUACGCCUGCCUCAACAUCUGCAGUUGGAAGCACAAUGGCUCAAACAACCUCUUUUACAGAAACUACUGCUCUUGGCUCCACUUCUGCAGCAAGUACCUCACUUGGCACCACUUCUGUUGAAACUACUACCCUUGGCACCACUUCUGCAGAAACUACUACCCUUGGCACCACUUCUGCAGAAACUACUACCCUUGGAUCCACGUCUCUAGAAAUUACUGUACUUGGCACCACUUCUGUAGAAAGCACAGCCCUGGGCACCAGUUCUGCAGAAACUACUACCCCUGGCACCACUUCUGGUGAAACUACUGCCCCUGGCACCACUUCUGGUGAAACUACUGCCCUUGGCACCACUUCUGCAGAAACUACUGCCCUUGGCACCACUUCUGCAGAAACUACUGCCCUUGGCACCACUUCUGCAGAAACUACUGCCCUUGGCACCACUUCUGCAGAAACUACUGCCCUUGGCACCACUUCUGCAGAAACUACUGCCCUUGGCACCACUUCUGCAGAAACUACUGCCCUUGGCACCACUUCUGCAGAAACUACUGCCCUUGGCACCACUUCUACAGCAAGUACGUCACUUGGCACCACUUCUGCAGAAACUACUGCCCUUGGCACCACUUAUGCAGAAACUACUGCCCUUGGCACCACUUAUGCAGAAACAACUGCCCUUGGCACCACUUCUGCAGAAACUACUACCCUUGGCACCACUUCUGCAGAAACUACUACCCUUGGAUCCACAUCUCUAGAAAUUACUGUACUUGGCACCACUUCUGUAGAAAGCACAACCCUGGGCACCAGUUCUGCAGAAACUACUACCCCUGGCACCACUUCUGGUGAAACUACUGCUCUUGGCACCACUUAUGCAGAAACUACUGCCCUUGGCACCACUUAUGCAGAAACUACUGCCCUUGGCACCACUUAUGCAGAAACAACUGCCCUUGGCACCACUUAUGCAGAAACUACUGCCCUUGGCACCACUUCUACAGAAACUACUACCCUGGGCACCACCUCUGCAGAAACUACUGCUCUUGGCACCACUUCUGCAGAAACUACUACCCUGGGCACCACUUCUGCAGAAACUACUACCCUGGGCACCACUUCUGCAGAAACUACUACCCUUGGCACCACUUCUGUAGAAAGCACAACCCUGGGCACCAGUUCUGCAGAAACUACUACCCCUGGCACCACUUCUGUUGAAACUACUGCCCUUGGCACCACUUCUGCAGAAACUACUGCCCUUGGCACCACUUCUGCAGAAACUACUGCCCUUGGCACCACUUCUGCAGAAACUACUGCCCUUGGCACCACUUCUGCAGAAACUACUGCCCUUGGCACCACUUCUGCAGAAACUACUACCCUUGGCACCACUUCUGCAGAAACUACUACCCUUGGCACCACUUCUACAGCAAGUACCUCACUUUGGACCACUUCUGUAGAAAGUAAAACCCUGGGCACCACUUCUGCAGAAACUACUACCCCUGGCACCACUUCUGUAGGAAGCACAACCCUGGGCACCACGUCUACUGAAGAAACAUCCUCUGUAAGUUCAACAGGAGUCUUUGAAACAUCUUUGCUUGUAAUGACAACUUCUGGAACGACAGCAACUACGCCUGCAUCAACAUCUGCAGUUGAAACCACAAUGGCUCCAACUACCACUUCUACAGAAAUUAAUACCCUUGGCACCACUUCUGUAGAAAGCACAACCCUGGGCACCACUUCUGCAGAAACAUCCUCUGUAAGUUCAACAGGAAUCUUUGAAACAUCUACGCUUGUAACGAUGACAACUGGAACAACAGCAUCAACCAUAACUACGCCUGCCUCAACAUCUGCAGUUGAAACCACGAUGGCUCGAACUACCACUUCUACAGAAAUUAAUACCCUUGGCACCACUUCUGUAGAAAGCACAACCCUGGGCACCACUUCUGCAGAAACAUCCUCUGUAAGUUCAACAGGAAUCUUUGAAACAUCUACGCUUGUAACAAUGACAACUGGAACAACAGCAUCAACCAUAACUACGCCUGCCUCAACAUCUGCAGUUGAAACCACGAUGGCUCGAACUACUACUUUUACAGAAACUACUACCCUUGGCACCACUUCUGCAGCAAGUACCUCACUUGGAACCACUUCUGUAGAAACUACUACCCUUGGAACCACUUCUGCAGAAAGUACUACCCUUGGCACCACUUCUACAGCAAGUACCUCACUUUGGACCACUUCUGUAGAAAGUAAAACCCUGGGCACCACUUCUGCAGAAACUACUACCCCUGGCACCACUUCUGUAGGAAGCACAACCCUGGGCACCACUUCUACUGAAGAAACAUCCUCUGUAAGUUCAACAGGAGUCUUUGAAACAUCUUUGCUUGUAAUGACAACUUCUGGAACAACCGCAACUACGCCUGCAUCAACAUCUGCAGUUGAAACCACAAUGGCUCCAACUACCACUUCUACAGAAAUUAAAACCCUUGGCACCACUUCUGUAGAAAGCACAACCCUGGGCACCACUUCUACUGAAGAAACAUCCUCUGUAAGUUCAACAGGAGUCUUUGAAACAUCUUUGCUUGUAAUGACAACUUCUGGAACAACAGCAACUACGCCUGCAUCAACAUCUGCAGUUGAAACCACAAUGGCUCAAACUACCUCUUUUACAGAAAUUACUGCUCUUGGCUCCACUUCUGCAAAAACGACUAUCCUUGGCACCACUUCUGCAGCAAGUACCUCACUUGGAACCACUUCUGUAGAAACUACUACCCUUGGCACCACUUCUGCAGCAAGUACCUCACUUGGAACCACUUCUGUAGGAAGCACAACCCUGGGCACCACUUCUACUGAAGAAACAUCCUCUGUAAGUUCAACAGGAGUCUUUGAAACAUCUUUGCUUGUAAUGACAACUUCUGGAACAACCGCAACUACGCCUGCAUCAACAUCUGCAGUUGAAACCACAAUGGCUCCAACUACCACUUCUACAGAAAUUAAAACCCUUGGCACCACUUCUGUAGGAAGCACAACCCUGGGCACCACUUCUACUGAAGAAACAUCCUCUGUAAGUUCAACAGGAGUCUUUGAAACAUCUUUGCUUGUAAUGACAACUUCUGGAACAACCGCAACUACGCCUGCAUCAACAUCUGCAGUUGAAACCACAAUGGCUCCAACUACCACUUCUACAGAAAUUAAAACCCUUGGCACCACUUCUGUAGAAAGCACAACCCUGGGCACCACUUCUACUGAAGAAACAUCCUCUGUAAGUUCAACAGGAGUCUUUGAAACAUCUUUGCUUGUAAUGACAACUUCUGGAACAACAGCAACUACGCCUGCAUCAACAUCUGCAGUUGAAACCACAAUGGCUCAAACUACCUCUUUUACAGAAAUUACUGCUCUUGGCUCCACUUCUGCAAAAACGACUAUCCUUGGCACCACUUCUGCAGCAAGUACCUCACUUGGAACCACUUCUGUAGAAACUACUACCCUUGGCACCACUUCUGCAGCAAGUACCUCACUUGGAACCACUUCUGUAGGAAGCACAACCCUGGGCACCACUUCUACUGAAGAAACAUCCUCUGUAAGUUCAACAGGAGUCUUUGAAACAUCUUUGCUUGUAAUGACAACUUCUGGAACAACCGCAACUACGCCUGCAUCAACAUCUGCAGUUGAAACCACAAUGGCUCCAACUACCACUUCUACAGAAAUUAAAACCCUUGGCACCACUUCUGUAGAAAGCACAACCCUGGGCACCACUUCUACUGAAGAAACAUCCUCUGUAAGUUCAACAGGAGUCUUUGAAACAUCUUUGCUUGUAAUGACAACUUCUGGAACAACAGCAACUACGCCUGCAUCAACAUCUGCAGUUGAAACCACAAUGGCUCAAACUACCUCUUUUACAGAAAUUACUGCUCUUGGCUCCACUUCUGCAAAAACGACUAUCCUUGGCACCACUUCUGCAGCAAGUACCUCACUUGGAACCACUUCUGUAGAAACUACUACCCUUGGCACCACUUCUUCGGAAAGCGCAACCCUGGGCACCCCUUCUGCAGAAACAACAUCCUCUGUAAGUUCAACAGGAAUCUUGGAAACAUCUACGCUUGUAAUGAUAACUGCUGGAACAACAGCAUCAAUCAUGACUAUGCCUGUCUCAACAUCUGCUGUUGAAACCACAAUAGUUCCAACUACCACUUCUACAGAAAUUACUACCCUUGGCACCACUUCUGCAGAACGUACAACCCUGGGCACCAGUUCUGCAGAAACUACUACCCUGGGCACCACUUCUGUAGAAAGCACAACCCUGGGCACCAGUUCCGCAGAAACUACUACCCUUGGCACCACUUCUUUGGAAAGCGCAACCCUGGGCACCACUUCUGCAGAAACAACAUCCUCUGUAAGUUCAACAGGAAUCGUGAAAAUAUCCACACUUGUAAUGAUAACUGCUGGAACAAUAGCAUCAACCAUAACUACGCCUGCCUCAACAUCUGCAGUUGAAACCACAAUGACUCCAACUACCACUUCUACAGAAAUUACUACCCUUGGCACCACUUCUGCAGAAACUACUACCCUUGGAUCCGCAUCUCUAGAAAUUACUGUACCUGGCACCACUUCUGUAGAAAGUACAACCCUGGGCACCACUUUUGCAGAAACUACUUCCUCUGUAAGUUCAACAGCAGUAUUGGAAACAUCCCCACCAGUAAUGACAACUGCUGGAACAACAACUUUAGCUAUAACUGCACAUGCCUUAUUAUUUGAUGAAGACUCAGUGGCUCAAACUACUAAUAGGCAGCACUAUGGCAGAAACUACAACACUUGGUACCAAUUCUGCAAAACAAAACACCACCGUUGGUCCCGAUUUUGUAGAAGGCACUUCCCUGGGUACCACUUGUGCACUGCCCUUAAUACUACAUCUGUAGAAGGUACUAACUUGGGCACUUUUCCAGAAACUACACUUGGAACCACUUCUGCAGUAACUACAAUGCUUGAUAGCACUUUUGCUGAAACACCCUCAGUUAGUUCAGCAGGAAAUACAGCUAUAGGCACACCUGUCUUAACGCCUGCUGUUGAAACCACAAGGCAUCACUACUGCAGAAACUACAACACUUGGCACCAAUUCUGCAAAACAAAACACCACCGUUGGUCCCGAUUUUGUAGAAGGUACUUCCCUGGGUACCACUUGUGCACUGCCCUUAGUACUACAUCUGUAGAAGGUACUAACUUGGGCACUACUUUUCCAGAAACUACACUUGGAACCACUUCUGCAGUAACUAAAAUGCUUGAUAGCACUUUUGCUAAAACACCCUCAGUUAGUUCAGCAGGAUCUACAGCUAUAGGCACACCUGUCUUAACGCCUGCUGUUGAAACCACAAGGCAUCACUACUGCAGAAACUACAACACUUGGCACCAAUUCUGCAAAACAAAACGCCACCGUUGGUCCCGAUUUUGUAGAAGGUACUUCCCUGGGUACCACUUGUGCACUGCCCUUAGUACUACAUCUGUAGAAGGUACUAACUUGGGCACUACUUUUCCAGAAACUACACUUGGAACCACUUCUGCAGUAACUAAAAUGCUUGAUAGCACUUUUGCUGAAACACCCUCAGUUAGUUCAGCAGGAACUACAGCUAUAGGCACACCUGUCUUAACGCCUGCUGUUGAAACCACAGUGACUCAAAAUACAAUUAGGCACCACUACUGCAGAAACUACAACACUUGGCACCAAUUCUGCAAAAAACACCACCGUUGGUCCCUCUUUUGUAAAAGGUACUUCCCUGGGUACCGCUUGUGUGCGCACUAGCCACCACUUUUGAAACAAAACCAUCUUUUAGUUCAACAGGAAUAGUAUUUGGAUCAUCCACACAUGUAAUGACUGCUGUAGAAACCACAAUGGCUCAAACCACCACUUGUGCAGAUAUUACUACAGAAAUGUCUACCCUUGGUACCACUUCUGCAGAAAUGAUAACUUCUGAAACAAUAGCCUGUUAUAAUUAUGCUUUUCUUAACAUCUGCUGUUGAGUCCACAAUGGCUCUGAAAACUACAGCUUCUGCAAAAAUAUGUCCUACAGGUACUACUGCAAUAGAAACUUGUACCGCUGGCACCACUUCUGUAGAAACAUCACCCUCUUUUAGUUCAACAGCCACAAUACUGGAAACAUCCACACCUGUAAUGACUGCUGCAACAAUCACAUCUGAAACUACUCCAGGCUUAACAUCCGUUGAAACCACAAUGGCUCUGAAAACUCCCACUUUAUGGAAACUCUUUUCCUGGGCACAACUUAUCCAGAAACUACUACUGUCUUCUUCGAAAACUACAACUUCUGUAGUGAAUUGGCUUUGCUGUUUAUGGUCACAAUUGCUACAACGGAGGCUGCAGAUUUAAGGAUGUAUGGUGUAUGAACGGAACUGUUUUUCAGAUGUUCAAGUUUAUCUAAGGAACAAGCAUACCAUUGGUCGGGCCUCUUCUAACACGACGAGACAAGCAGAUGAUGGACAAAGAUAAGGACAAGGUCUUGUGGUAUUCUCUAAAGACUGCAACUCUGCUACAAAUACUGAUCUAUGUGCUCAUGCUUCUUAAUAUGGAAAUAUAAAUGUAAAAAAAGAACAAUGUAAGCAUCUGAAGAGGCUUUUGACAAAAUAUAUUGAAUAUUUUAUUUGUUGCAAUUGAAAAUGUGUUUUAUAGUCUGUGUAAUGUAAAUAUCACUGUAUUAAAUGAAUAAAAGAUUUUCACUGUG